AUGGUAGAUAAGAUAGCAAGUAUUGGUCAUGGGUACAAAGGACCUAAUUAUCAUGCUUUGAGGGUCAAUUUAUUGAAUGAUGCAAAGAACUUGGUUUCCUUGUUAAUUGAUUCUUUUAGAGAACAAUGGCUUGAUACCGGAUGCACAAUAAUGAGUGACGGGUGGAGGGACAUUAGGCAAUGCCACUUGAUCAAUUUCUUGGUUUAUUGUCCAAAAGGUAUAUCAUUUCUUAAAUAUGUGGAUGCAUCUGAUAUACAAACCAAUGCUACAAAUAUGUGUAAUCUAUUUGCUAAAAUAGUUGAAAUGGUGGGAAAAAAUAAUGUGGUUCAAUUCGUUACUGACAAUGCUGCCAAUUACAAACUUGCCGGUACUAAGUUAAGCGAAAGGUAUCCCACUAUUACUUGGUCGCCAUGUGCAGCACAUUGCCUCAAUCUUAUCUUGAAAGAUGUUUCAGAAUUAGAUAAUUUGAAAAGUCUGGUCACUCGUGCAUCUAGAGUUACUGUUUUCAUUUAUAAUCAUAAGUGGCCCUUGAAUUGGUUGAGAAAAAGACCCGGCUGGAAAGAGAUCAUCUGUCCAGGUGCUACUCGGUUUGGUACUGCGUUCAUUGCAUUGCAAAGUUUAUUUGACCAUAAAUCAGAUUUACAAGCAAUGGUUACAUCUAACGAGUUUAAGAAGAUGCUAAAUGUGCGAAAUGCAUCUGAUUGUAGAGACAUUGUGAUGAAUAAAGAGUUUUGGAAGAACUGUUUGAUUAUUGUGAAAGUGAUGACUCCUUUGUUGAAGCUUUUGUGGUUAUGUGAUUCAAAUGAAAAGCCGGCAAUCAGUUAUGUUUACAAGGGAAUGCGUCGAGCAAGGAAAGGGGUUAAGGAAUUGUUUAAAAAGAAGAAGGAAUUAUACAAACCGUAUGCUAACAUCAUUGAUAGUCGGUGGGAUAGGAUGUUAAGAAAAAGCAUUCAUUGUGCGGCUUAUUGGUUGAAUCCAACAAUUGAAUAUGAUCGUGAAAAUCUUUGUAAAAAGAAUGAGGUAUUUCAAGGAGUUCUUGAUAUGGCUGAGAAGAAUUUUAAUGGUGAUGAACUUGUAGAUCUUACAAUGAGUUUAGGUCACUUUGGUGAAGCUGCUAGUACAUUCGGUAGACCUAGUGUUGUUGCUUCUCGUUCCAUUUCACGUCCAGAUGAGUGGUGGAAGUUGUUUGGAGGAGAUCUUCCAGUAUUGCAAAAAUUUGCUAUUAGACUCUUAAGUCAAACAGCAUCUUCUUCCGGUUAUGAACGUAAUUGGAGUGUUUUUCAAAGGAUUCACACGAAAUGA